UUAGUUAUUAUGAAUAAAGCUCCUAUGGACAUUCAAGUACUAGUCUUUGUGUGGGCAUGUGUUUUCAUGUCUCUUGGAUAAAUAUAUAGAAGUGGAAUUACUUGAUCAUUGGUAAGUGAUGGUUUAAGAAACUGCCAAGCUUAUUUCCAAAGUGGCUGUACCAUUUGCAUUCUCACCACAUAUCUAUGAGAGUUCUAGUUGUUCCACAUCCUCACCAACACUUGGUAUAGUCCAACUUUUUUUUUUUUUUUUUUUGUGGUACGCGGGCGUCUCACUGUUGUGGCCUCUCCCGUUGCGGAGCACAAGCUCCGGACGCGCAGGCCCAGUGGCCAUGGCUCACGGGCCCAGCCACUCCGCGGCAUGUGGGAUCUUCCCAGACCGGGGCACGAACCCGUGUCCCCUGCAUCGGCAGGCGGACUCUCAACCACUGCGCCACCAGGGAAGCCCCUAGUCCAACUUUUUAACUGUAACAAUUCCAGUGGGUAUGUAGUAGGAUCUUAUUUUGGUUUUAAUUUGCACUCCCCUAUGUUAAUGAUGUUGAGUGUCUUUUCAUGUUCUUAGUUGUCAUCCAUAUAGGUUUUCUUUUGUGAGAUGAAAUGAAGUGUCUGUUCACAUCGUUUUCCCAUUUUUAAAAACCAUUGUUUGCCUUCUUUUUUCGUUUACAUUAUUUUAUUUAUUUGGUUGCGCUGGGUCUUAGUUGCGGCAGGCGUGCUCCUUAGUCACAGCUCGCGGGCUCCUUAGUUGCAGCAUGCAUGUGAGAUCUAGUUCCCUGACCAGGGAUUGAACCUGGGCCCCCCCGCACUGAGAGUGUGGAGUCUUAACCACUGCACCACCAGUGAAGUCCCGCAGUUGUUUGUCUACUUAUGGUAGAGUCUUAAGAAUUCUUUAUGUAUUCUAGAUACAAAUCCUUUGUCAGAGGUAUAUGAGGUCACAUUCACAUACAUAUUUACAAAAUAUGUAUUGUGAAUAUUUACUCCCAGCCUGUGUUUUGUCUCUUCAUUUCCUUAAUGGUGUCUUUUGAAGAGCAAAAUUUUAAUUUUGAAGUAGUUUAAUUUAUCACUUUUUAUAGGUUGUACUUUUUGUGUUCUAUAUAAUAAAUCUUUAUCUAACCGAAAAUCCCGAUGAUUUUCUCUGUUGUUUUCUUGUAAAAUUUUUAUUAGGUUUAGAUCCAUGGUCCAUUUCGAGUUAAUUAUUGAAUAGGGUUUGCAGUAAUAGGAAAAGUAUAUAUUUUUGUUUUGCAUAUGGAUUGUUCCAGCAUCAUUUGUUGAAGAGACUCUCCUUUUCCUACUAAAAUACCAUCUUUUUCAAAAAUCAUUUGAUCAUAUUUGUAUAGCUCUAUUUCUGAAUUCUCUAGUCUGUUCCAGUGGUCUGCAUGUCUGUAUACACCAUUACUUUGCUGUCUUGAUUACUGUAGCUUUAUAAUGUCUUAACAUCACAUGAUGUAAGCCCUCCAACUUUGGUCUUCUUUUCCACAUUGUUUUGAAAAAUCUAGGUCUUUUGCAUUUCCAUGUAAAUUUAGAUUCAGCUUGUCAGUUUCUAUGACAGAACCCUGCUAGGAUUUUGACUGAGAUUGCACUGAUACUAAGCCUUUUGAUUCAUGAACAUGGUAUAUCUCUCCAUUUAUUUGGGUCUUCUUUAAUUUUUCUCAGUAAUGUUUUAUAAUUUUUAGUGUACAGGUCUUACACAGAUUUUGUAAAAUUUAUCCAUAAGUAUUUUCUAUUUGUAUGUUAUUGUAAAUGAUGUUGUUUUUUAACUUUUAUAAUUUAUCAUUGCUUGUAUAUAGAAAUACAAUAGAAUUUUUGUACAUUUAAUUUUUUAUUCGGUAACCUUGCUAAACUCACUUAUUAACUUUUUGGUAGAUUCCUUACAAUUUUCUACACAGAUAAUCAUGUUACUGUGAAUAAUGAUAUUCUUACUUCUUUCUUUCAUACCUGUGGCUUUUGCCGCUUUUUAUUUUCUUAUUGCACUGGAAAGGACCUCCUGUACAAUGUUGAAUGGAAGUGGUAACAGCGGACAGCUUUAAAAUGACGUCUUUUAAAGCAAGAGGAUGACACCUUUAAAAUUUUGUUUUUUGGGCUUCCCUGGUGGCGCAGUGGUUGAGAAUCUGCCUGCUAAUGCAGGGGUCAUGGGUUCGAGCCCUGGUCUGGGAGGGUCCCACAUGCCGCGGAGCAACUAGGCCUGUGAGCCACAGCUACUGAGCCUGCACGUCUGGAGCCUGUGCUCCGUAACAAGAGAGGCCGCGAUAGUGAGAGGCCCGCGCACCGCGAUGAAGAGUGGCCCCCGCUUGCCACAACUAGAGAAAGCCCCUGCACAGAAACGAAGACCCAACACAGCAAAAAUAAAUUAAUUAAUAAUGAACUCCUACCCCCAACAUCUUCAAAAAAAAAUUUUUUUUUUGUUUUUCUGUAUCAAGUAGAAAUAAUCACUGGCUUUAAUAGAGGUACAAGCAAAUUAUGAUGGGAUGAGGAGUGUGUGUGUGUGUGUGUGUGUGUGUGUGUGUGUGUGUGAGUGGGAGCUGGCAGAAAAUGGAGCAAUUAAAUUCUAUCCUUUGGAAAUAUUUAUAAGACGCAGAGUUUUUAAGCAAGUUCCUUGGCUCUUCUUGAUCUGACCCUAGGAGGUGACAGUGCCUCUGGUCUAUUUCCCCCUCCCCACCCUAUGCUCCUGGGGUUUCCCCUAGCCACCAGCUCCCAGUAACACAGCUACCCUGACCCUCUUUCCAUUGGUUCCAGGACAGUGUCCUCUCUGUGUGAUGGCAUGCUCACGGACCUGCUCCCAAGUACUGGGGCUGAGCCUCGGGACUACAGCCCUGUUUGCUGCUGCAGCCAACACAGUGCUCCUCCUUCCUAACUGGGAUGUGACCUACCUGUUGAGGGGCCUCAUUGGCAGGCAUGCCAUGCUGGGCUCUGGGCUCUGGGGAGGAGGCCUCAUGGUUCUCACUGCAGCUACCCUCAUCUCCUUGACGGGCUGGAGAUAUGGCUGCUUCAGUAAGAGUGGGCCCUGCCAAAGUAUGCUUACUGCUCUGUUGUCAAGUGGCCUGGCUUUUCUUGGGGCCUUGAUUUGCUUUAUCACUUCUGGAGUAGCCCUGAAAGAUGGUCCUUUUUGCAUGUUCGAUGUUUCGUCCUUCAAUCAGACACAGGCUUGGAAACAUGGUUACCCAUUCAAAGACCUGCAAAACAGGAAUUAUUUGUAUGACCAUUCACUCUGGAAUUCUGUCUGCCUGGAGCCUUCUAAAGCUGUCAUGUGGCACGUGUGCUUCUUCUCUGCCCUUCUGUGCAUCAGCCUCCUCCAGAUUCUCCUGGUGGUCAUUCAUUUCAUCAACAGCUUCCUGGGCCUUUUCUGCAGCCUCUGUGAGAAGUAACAGGUAACGCCCUCUUAAUUAAUUUUUAAAAAUUAAUUAAUUAAUUUGUUUUUGGCUGAGUUGGGUCUUCAUUGCUGCACGGGCUUUCUCUAGUUGUGGCGAGUGGGGGCUCCUCUUCGUUGU